CUUUUUAAAUAUCUUACCUGUGGGAUGAUUUGUUUUGGUUCAUAGUGCACGCAUUGAAUGAUUUUCUGUAACAUUUCGAAACAACCUUUUUGCUAUUGAGCAAUUGUCAGUUGUAUAUAUUGGCGUAUUUAGAUUUUGACAUCAGAAGUCCAACGGAAUCAAAACUAUACGAGAUCUAACGAAUAGGAAGAGAAACAAAAAUGGCCUUAGUGAAACCAAAACAGUACGACUGGAAGGAUUCUAACUUGGCCUUGUUUGGCUCAGAUACAGAAAAACAAGUCAAAAAGGAAUCUGCAGAGCAUGAACCAGCCUGGAAAAAAGCAGGUUUGAAGCCAGGUAUCCAAAUCUGGAGAAUUGUGAAAUUCAAAGUUACACAAUGGCAAGAGGAAGAUUAUGGGAAAUUUUUUGACGGAGAUUCUUAUAUCAUACUGAAUACAUACAAAGAAACAGGAAACGAACAAUUGUUGUUCGAUGUACAUUUUUGGAUCGGAAAAUACAGCACACAGGACGAAUAUGGUACAGCAGCAUAUAAAACAGUUGAAUUAGACACUUAUUUAGAUGACGCGCCAAUCCAACACAGAGAAGUUCAAGGCCAUGAGUCAGAAUUGUUCAGAUCAUACUUCAAAACUAUCACAUAUUUACAUGGUGGCGCUGAUAGUGGUUUCAGACAUGUUAAACCAGAAGAAUAUCAGCCAAGACUUUUUCAUUUCCAUGGUGAUAAAUUUGGAGUAGAAGUUAAGGAGGUAACAAGAAAACGAAGCAAUUUAGAUUCAACAGACGUAUAUAUUCUUGACAUGGGUGCAAAAAUAUAUCUCUGGCUGGGUAAAGGUUGCAAUAAAGAUGAAAAAUUCAAGGGCCUGCAGUAUGUCAAUGCUCUGAAAGAUGAAAGAAGAGGAAAGAAGACCGAAACAGAAACUUUAGAAGAGGAAACAACCUCAGACUCGGACGAAUUUUAUAAAGCUUUAGACCAAGGGGAUGAAGAUGAUUUUGAUAGCAGUUCUGAUUUUGUUUCUUCAAAAACAGAAAAAGAACUUUACAGGUUAUCUGAUGAGAGUGGAGAAAUGAAAAUGACUUUGGAAAAGACGGGUCAAGUACAACAGAAUGAUUUAAAAUCAGAGGAUGUUUUCAUAUUGGAUAUACAAGAUGAACUAUUUGUAUGGAUUGGAAGGGAAACUACAUAUGCUGAACGCAAAAAUGCCAUGACAUAUGCACAUAAUUAUUUAAUGAAAACAGACCAUCCAUUGGUGCCUGUUAGCUGUCUUAAUGAAGGAAAGACAACAAAGGCAUUCCACUCUGCAAUUGCGGCAUAAACAAUCAAAACUUGUAUUGUGAACAUAUGUAUAUCUUAACUUUUUCAGUGAAUUUUGUAUAACAUGCAGUUCUGGGUUCCAAGAAGCAUAUUAAUUUGUGAAGUUCUCCAUUAUUUAUUCAACUCAGAGUUUAUGCCUUAGAUAUUAACAGUAAUGGAUUUCAAGUAUUUGAAAGGAAUUCUCAUUUUUAAAUGCUUUAAGAAACUUAAUCCUGAAGUAAUUUAUUUUUGUUAACAAUUUUAAAUAAAUAUUUUGUUAACUGUA